UUUACUAUAAUUCAAAAGUUCUAAGAUUGCUGUAUUUAAAAAAAACUGCUAAAUAUGAAGUUGUACUUGGUUGCUUGCAUUGUUUUCACCGUAAUCUCAUCUUCGAUGCAGUGUGAAGUGCCUUCACCGAAACAACCAAUAGAUUGGUCUAAGAUUCCAGAAACAUGGUUUCUAGCUUUCACCUCGGGAGAUGCGGUCAUGGGUGAAAUGGAUUGUAAUGUGAUACACAAUUUGAAGAAAACUGAUGCAGGUUUCGCAUUGGAUGGAUACUUUUAUUCGAACGGGGUAUUGAAGGAUAAAGAACACAUUGUCAAAAAGAUACUACCAAAUGGCAACUACGUCUCACAUUUAUCUCAUGGUAAAUAUGAAGAUAUUGCGAGAGGAAACAUGCACAAAGCUUUGGUUGCUGAAGUUCAAACAAUUAAUUCGGAGAAAGAUCAGACCUUACAUUCUACCGACAGCAAAACUUACUUAUACCAUAUAAGCUGCUCCGCCACAGGGGAAUAUAUUGUUUGGUGCUACACAUCAAAUCCUAAUCCGGAUCUGAUGACUCUUUACAACGCUUUCAAAGAUCUUAUAAGCUACGGGAUAACGCCAAAGAAUUUCCAGCCUUCUAAAUGCAAUCAAAUAAACUUUGCAGAGAAAUAAAAGUUUUAAACUGACUAUAUUACUCGGAUGACAUUUUUUUGACUUUGAAAUUUCAUGAAAAAAAAAAAAA